ACGUUGGUCUCUGAAGUGUGCCGACGACGCGAUGGCCUCCUCGCCGUUCCUCCUUCGCCACGUCUUGGCCUCGAACGGCGUGCUCACGGCGCCGCUGCCCAACGGCGCUGGCUCCGAGUCGCUGCCAGCGCGCGUCCUUCUCGCCCAAGCGGCGGCGAUUGCGGCCCAUUUGCCGUCGACACCAACGUCCGUGGCCUUUCUCGCCCACCGGACGCUCGACUUCGUGCGGUGCCAAUGGGCCAUUUGGCUCGCCAACCACAUUGCCGUGCCGAUCUCGCCGCACAGCAUUGCGCGCGAGCGUGCGCACAUUGUGCAUGACUCGUGCGCGACGCACGCCCUCUUGCGUGCUGGCGACGUGGCCGACAUGCCACCGACGGUCGUCGUACGGCUCGACGACAUCGAUUUGAACGCGUGGCACGGCGACUUGGAGAAGCUCGUCCACUUGGAGGUGGACCGCGACGCGAUGCUUCUCUACACGAGUGGCACGACCGGCGCACCGAAAGGCGUGCUCACGACCCAUGCGACCCUCGAUGCCCAAGUGUCGGACUUGGUGACGUCGUGGGCGCUGUCGCCGACAGACCGCGUGCUGCACUUCUUACCGCUGCAUCAUAUCCACGGCAUCAUGAACAACCUCCUCGCGCCGCUCUGCGCCGGCGCCACGGUCGAGUGCCUCGUGAGCGCUUCGACGAGCGUCAUUUGGGACACGCUGGCCCGGUGCGAGCACCCUGUGACGAUCCUCAUGGCCGUUCCGAGCGUGUACAUGCUUCUGCUCGAGGCUUUUGACAAGCUGCCCGAGCCCAAAGAUGCGUUUGUGGCGGGUGCCAAGCAGCUCCGGCUAGCGAUUUCCGGCAGCAUGGCGUGCCCCGUCUCGAUUCUGUCGCGCUGGACUGCGCUGACGCGCCAGAGUCUCUUGGAGCGGUACGGCAUGACCGAGUGCGGCAUGGCGCUUGGCAACCCGAUGGCCGGUCCCCGCCACGUGGGCUACGUGGGCCAACCGUUCCCAAGCGUCCAAGCCCGCAUUGGCGAAGCAGGGGCCCUCGAGGUCCGCGGGCCGACGCUCUUCAAGGCCUACUGGAACCGACCAGAGGAUACGAAGAAGGCGUGGACGGAAGAUGGCUGGUUUCGAACGGGCGACGUCGCCGAGUACAAUGCAGAGCUCCAGAGCUACCGCAUUCUCGGUCGCGCCAGCGUCGACAUCAUCAAGAGUGCCGGGUACAAGCUGUCGGCGCUUGAGAUCGAACGCGUUCUCCUUGAGCACCCACAAGUCCGCGAGUGUGCGGUGUAUGGCGUCGACGACGAAACGUGGGGCCAGAUCGUCACGGCGAUCGUCCGGCCCGACGCUGGCCUGCACAGCGUCGACGAGCUCUCGCCGCCCUUCUCGGCCUUUUUGAAAGCGAAUUUGGCCAAGUACAAGAUCCCGCGCAAAAUUCACAUGGUGACGGCGAUCCCCAAAAAUGCCAUGGGCAAAAUCAACAAGAAGCUGCUGCCGUCGCUCUACGAUCUCUCGCCUUCUGCGCACACCGAAGGCGCCCACCAUGGUUGA